GGGUGGCUGUGACAACUUCUUAAAAUAAGACCACAAUGAAGUUUGCCACAUUGAUUGACUCUUCUUUUCAUGAAAGAUUUCUGUGUAGCAUGCAACGCUUUUGAUAGCAUUUUUUCCUGAGUAGAACCUCUUUCAAAAUUGAAGUCAAUCCUCUUAAACCCUGCCACAGCUUUAUCAACUAAGAUUAUGGAAUAUCUAAAUUUUUUGUUACCAUUUCAACAAUGUUCUUAGCAUCUUCACUAGGAGGAGAUUCUCUCUUAUUUUAUUUAUUUAUUUAUUUAUUUUUUCUGAGGUGGAGUUUCGCUCUUGUUGCCCAGGUUGGAGUACAGUGGUGUGAUCUUGGCACACUGCAACCUCCGCUUCCCAGGUUCAAGUGAUUCUCCUGCCUCAGCCUCCUGAGUAGCUGGGAUUACAGGCGUGCGCCACCACACCUGGCUAAUUUUGAAUUUUUAGUAGAGAUGGAGUUUCUCCAUGUUGGUCAGGCUGGUCUGAAACUCCCGACCUCAGGUGAUCUGCCUACCUCAGCCUCACAAAGUGCUGGGAUUACAGGCGUGAGCCACCAUGUCCGGCCGAGAUUCCCUCUUAAGAAACCACUCUUUGCUCAUCCAUAAGAAGCAACACCUCAUCCAUUCAGCUUUUGUUAAGAGAUUGCAGCAAUUCAAUCACAUCAUCAAACUCUACUUCUACUUCUUGUUUUCUUGCCAUUUCCACCACAUCUACAAUUAUAAGAUCACUAAUUGCAGAUCACAAUAACAGAUGUAAUAAUAAUGAAAAAGUCUGAAAUAUUGAGAGACUCACCAGACUGUGACACAGAUACACAAAGUAAAUGCAUGCUAUUAGAAAAAUGGCUCUGGUAGGUCAGGCAUGGUGGCUCACACCUGUAAUCCCAGCACUUUGGGAGGCCGAGGCGGGUGGAUCACUUGAGGUCAGGAGUUCGAGACCAGCCUGGCCAACAUAGUGAAACCCUGUCUCUACUAAAAAUACAAAAAUUAGCUUGGUGUGGUCGUGGGCUCCUGUAAUCCCAGCUACUGGGGAGGAUGAGGCAGGAGAAUCACUUGAGCCUGGGAGGUAGAGGUUGCAGUGAGCCGAGAUCAUGCCACUGCACUCCAGCCUGGUGACAAAGCAAAAAAGACUGCAUUUGAUUUAAUCUGAUGCAACACAAAAUGGAGCGCCAUAACAUGUGCUAUGUUUGCACUUACAUACAAAGUAGUGUAGCGGAUGCUAAUUUAGUAGAUAAUCAGUAUGGCUAUGUUCCAAUAACUCUUUUAUCAGAAAGUAUAACACUUAAAUAUAUGCCCAGAUACCAAUAACUUUUAGUGACAACUAAUACUGUAAUGUUUAGCACAAUUACUUGCACAUACGAGAAGAUCAGCACAUGGUCACGCAGUUGACUAAAACUGUGCCAGAAAAAUAAUGAGGUUGAGAAGUGGGGAAGUAAGGCUGACAGGAAUUGAGUUAAACCUAAGGAGAAUGGAGAAGUCCUAUCAAUGAUUAGAUAGAAAAGAGACAAGGCAGUCUGGAUGGAAGGACUUAUAUUAUUAAUAUUAGCAGGCUUACUGGUGGUAAGUUAGGUGUGGUCCCAGACAGUGGAGCAAACUAGUCUGGUGGAGACAGGAGCUAGCAUCCUUAGUACUGGGGACUGGUGGCUGCAGCAGGAACUGUCUCCUAAAGAGAACAAGAUGUGGGAGAAAGGGAAAAAACUCAGUUUCUAGCUCUCUAUUUCUAAAUUACUCAGAAAGCAGACAACUUUCUCAGGCUUUCGAUUAGGGUUUUCAGUUGAGGAUGCUUAGAAAAAUUUUAAAGAUUCACUCUCCCCACUCCACUCUAGCAUCUUUCCACCUGCUUGCAGACAAAUUUCAAGUAGCAAAUCCACAAAGAGAAUAAGUGUUUUAAAUUUACAUAAGUAAUGGAAAUAACAAUAUAAUAAAAAUGAGUUCUAGUUUAAAAAAUCAGGCAGCAAAUGCUAGGGAACUUCAAAAAGUUCAUGGAAAAACUGAAAGAUAAAAAUAGGCCAGGGCUGGGCACAGUGGCUCAAGGCUGUAAUCCCAGCACUUUGGGAGACUGAGGUGGGUGGAUCACUUGAGGUCAGGAGUUCAAGACCAGCCUGGCCAACAUGGUGAAACCCAUCUCUACUAAAAAUACAAAAAACUAGCCAGGCAUGGUGGUGCAUGCCUGUAAUCCCAGCUACCUGGGAGGCUGAGACAGGAGAAUCACAUGAACCCAGGAGGGGGAGGUUGCAGUGAGCCAAGAUUAUACCAUUGCACCCCAGCCUGGGUGACAGAGCAAGACUUCAUCUCAAAAAAGAAAAAAAAAAGGCCAGGUGUGGUGGCUCACACCUGUAAUCCUGAUACUUUGGGAGGCUGAGGCAGCAGGAUCACUGGAGCCCAGGAGGUCGAGGCUGCAGUGAGCCACGAUCUUGCCACUAUACUCCAGCCUGGGCAACAAAGCGAGACCCUGUCUCAAAAAAGAAAACAGAUAAAAAUAUAAAACAUAAACUUUAUUUUUCAACAUAAGCUCCGUCAAGUUUAAGACACUUUCGUAAGCAAUGACUCCAGCCACUUAGUCCAUUCCAAAAUAAAUGAUGGUCCUGGAUAUUUAAUCAUGUUAAUGCAGUCUGUUUAUUAACUAAGGAAAAAUGGGUGCCCUUUAAAGUUUUUUUUUUUUUAAGAUUAGGAAACAGGAAGUCAGAAGAAGCCAAAUUAGAACUCCUAAGGUAGAUGCCUAAUGAUUUACCAUCAAAAUUCAAAAUUUUCCUUGUUUGAUGAGAGGAAUGAGCAGGAGCAUUGUCCUAGUGGAGAAGCAAUCUCUGGUGAAGCUUACCUGGGCAUUUUUCUGCUAAAACUUUGGCUGUCUCUAAACAUUCUCAUAUUUUUUUUUUCUUUUUGUAGAGAUAGGUCUUGCUAUGUUGCCCAGACUGGUCUUGAACUCCUGGCCUCAAUGGAUCCUCCUGCCUUGGCCACCAAAAGUGCUGAGACUACAGGCAUAAGCCACUAUACCCAGCCUCAAAACACCUUUAUAAUAAGCAGACGUUAUUGUUCUUUGGCUCUCCAGAAAGUCAACAAGAAAAAUGCUUUGAGCAUCCCAAAAAAUAGUUGCCAUGACCUUUGCUUUUGACUAGUCCACUUUUAUUUUGACUGGACCACUUCCACCCUUGGUAGCUAUUGCUCUGUUUGUGCUUUGUCUUCAGGAUUAUUCUGGUAAAGCCAUGUUUCAUCUCCUGUUACAAUUCUUGGAAGAAAUCCUUCAGGAUCUUGAUCCCACUUGUUUAAAAUUUUUAUUGAAAGACAACUGAAAUUUUAAGUAGAAAACCCACCGAGAGAACAAAAGUACUCUUGUCUGUAGCUGAUCUGGGUGCAAUAGUUUCGGUACCCAUCAAGUGGAAAGUUUGCUCAAGUUUAAUUUUUCUGUCAGCAUUGUGUAAGCUGAACCAACUGAGACAUCUAUGAUGUUGGAUAUUGUAUUAGUCCAUUCUCGCACUGCUAUAAAGAACUACAUGAGGUCGGGCGUGGUGGCUCACACCUGUAAUCCCAGCACUUUGGGAGGCCAAGGCAGGUGGAUCACCUGAGAUCAGGAGUUUGAGACAAACCUGGCCAACAUGGUGAAACCCCAUAUCUACUAAAAAUACAAAAAUUUGCUGGGCGUGAUGGCAAACACCUGUAAUCCCAGCUACUCACAAGGCUGAGGCAGGAGAAUCACUUGAACCUGGGAGGCGGAGCUUGCAGUAAACCGAGAGAGCACCACUGCAUUCUAGUCUGGGUGACAAGAGCGAAACUCUGUCCUCCCAAAAAAGAAUUACCUGAGGGUGGGUAUUGUAUAAAGAAAAGAAGCUUGACUCAGUUCCACAGGCUCUACAGGAAGCAUGGCUGGGAGGCUCAGGAAACUUAAAAUCAUGGGAGAAGGGGAAGAAAGUACAUCUUCACAUGGCCAGCAGGAGACAGCAAGCGAAGAGGGAGGUGCUACACACUUUCAAACAACCAGAUCUUGUGAGAACUCUAUCAUGGGACAGCACUAGGGCAAUGGUGCUAAACCAUCAGAAGCCAUGCACAUGAUCCAAUCAUCUCCCUCCAUGUCCCUCCUCCAACACUUCCUGUCAUUACACUUCUGCAUGAGAUUUGGGUGGGGACACAGAGCCAAACCAUAUUAGAUAUUGUCUGUGCUAUAAUCUCUGGUUCUCUUCAAUGAGGGCACAAACGAUUAAUUUUUUCUUCACAAAUUGCUGAGAAUGGUCUGCUGCUACGGGCUUCAUCUUCAACAUUGUCUCAUCUCUUGAAAUGAAUUAUCCAUUUGUAAACUGCAGAUCUCCUUGGGGUAUUGUCCCCAUAACCUUUAUGUGAAGCAUCAAUGAUUUCACCAUUCUUCCACCCAAACCUCACCAUAAAUUUGAUGUGUGUUCUUGCUUCAAUUUUAGCAGAAUUUAUGUUUCUCUGAUAAAAGAGCUCUUUUCUAAAUGUCUUAUCAUAGUGUCCCUCACUAGAUCCUGUUCAGACAUGUUACAAAAAGUUAGUUUAUUUUGGUGCAAAAAAAAAUGAAAUUCAUACACACUUUUUUAUAAUACAUAUUUUUCAUGAAAAUUUAGAAGAACACUUAUAUAGAUGAAUGAUAGAUUAUCAAAGUUUUCCUAGAUUUGUCAGGCUUUAUUCUUCACAGUUUUCAAAUGAAAGGGCCUGGAGAAACCGAAGAACUAAAAGGGUUGCAGAAAGAGUCCUGAGGGGAAAGAAAAAUUGAUAUACUCACAUCUUCGACCUAGGCAACAAAAGUUAUGAGUCAAGAUAUUUGGUCACAUAACUAAAGAUAACUUAGGUUUUAUGAUAUUUUUGUUUUUUGUUUUGUUUUUGUCGUUUAAAAUAGGGAAAUUUUAAGUGAAAUAUCAAUGAACAGUCCCAUUCCCUAUCCUCACCAUUGGUACAGUGGAUCUUGUUUUUCUUAAUGUGGUACAUAUUAAUAAAAUUUAUGAGACCUAAGGUCUAUUGCAUUUGAAAGAUUAGCCAACAUAAAUGGUAUACUUUUAUAAAACUCGUUAAAAUGACAAAAAUGGUUUCAUAUUUUUGAGGAACAAAUGAUCUAAAAUACUUAAUACAAAUUGGCAUUACCUUGAACACAUUGCAUCAUGAUUACAUGAAAGAGCUGCUGAAAUGGUCAUGUGUUCAGAGACUACUACAUCUGUAGGCUUAAUAGUAAACGUUUGGUUGGUUGGUUGGUCGGCUGGUUGGUUUGCUGCUUAGCAUCAGGACACCCACCCCUUGUGUGGGAAAUAUACAAUUGUGUGAGUCUAUGGGUUGAAAUCCAAAAAGCCUGAUGUUUUUUCUCAUUCCUGGCAACCAAGGGAUAUGACCAAAUUGGGUCAAUUGAAUGCCCUUGCCCCUAACUGUGAACAGAGAGUAGUGUUACAAACAAGGAAUAAAAGAUUAGAAUCAAUGCCAGUGUCUUUCCAUUGCCCCAUCGUGUCAGGGUCCAAGUGUUGAGUAGCUGUGGUCCCUUAACCAGCCUGUACCUUUGGCCAUGGCACCAGCUACCUACUUUCCCUAUGUCCCCAAGUUAUCUGGUAACCAUUCAGGAAAUUUUUUUCCUACUUAGGUAUACAAAAAACAGUGUCAGUUUUUGCUUGACAGAUUAAAUCAUCCUUCAGAGAUGCAGGAAAACUAUUAGCAGCCAAGGGAUGCUGCCAAGGCCAGUGUCUGGGCUCUGCAGUUUUCUAACUUGUGAUAUUGGGUCACCCCACUAAGCUCCAGGAGAGCAGCGACUGCAUCUGGCUUAAUCAUUAUGGGAUGGCCAGCUCCCAACUCCAUGCCCUAGGCAAAGAGACAUUCAGUGAAUAUUGAUUUGACUUUGACUUGAUUGAACAAAAUAGUAACACUGAACUCUAGGUUUCCUCAGUAUCUGUUACAGAUUUCUUGAUCCUGACUGCUUUUAAUUUUUUUUUUUUUUUAGCAAGAAAUAACUAACGAAUGAUGACACUAAGCUUUAAAUUCAAGUAAAUAUGAGGCUGGUUUUUUUUUUUUUCCGCAUAAGCAGAAAUGAGGAAAUCAAGAGGAAGAGAUUAGAUUUCUGUUGUGAUAAAUCGAAUCUGCUAAAUGCCAUGACUUUUUAAUUGUCUUAAUCACAAGUUAAACCGGUUGUGUUGCUGCUUAGAUGGCUAUAUAUUUGUUUAAAAGUACAGCAGUCCCUCCUUCUGGACUUUGAUCCUACAAAAACAACUGUCAUCUAACUCACCCUCAGACUGUCACUGGAACACCUGCAUGAAGAAUGUUCUUUCAUUUUUUAAGAACGAUUUUGCAUAUAUGAUUUAUUUCAGCUUUCAAAAUGAUUAGAAAACUUUUUAUUGUUCUACUUUUGUUGCUUGUGACUAUAGAAGAAGCAAGGAUGUCAUCGCUCAGUUUUCUGAAUAUAGAGAAGACUGAAAUACUAUUUUUCACAAAGACUGAAGAAACCAUCCUUGUAAGUUCAAGCUACGAAAAUAAACGGCCUAAUUCCAGCCACCUCUUUGUGAAAAUAGAAGAUCCUAAAAUACUACAAAUGGUGAAUGUGGCCAAGAAGAUCUCAUCAGAUGCUACAAACUUUACCAUAAAUCUGGUGACUGAUGAAGAAGGAGAAACAAAUGUGACUAUUCAACUCUGGGAUUCUGAAGGUAGGCAAGAAAGACUCAUUGAAGAAAUCAAGAAUGUGAAAGUCAAAGUGCUCAAACAAAAAGACAGUCUUCUCCAGGCACCAAUGCAUAUUGAUAGAAAUAUCCUAAUGCUUAUUUUACCACUAAUACUAUUGAAUAAGUGUGCAUUUGGUUGCAAGAUUGAAUUACAGCUGUUUCAAACAGUAUGGAAGAGACCUUUGCCAGUAAUUCUUGGGGCAGUUACACAGUUUUUUCUGAUGCCAUUUUGCGGAUUUCUUUUGUCUCAGAUUGUGGCAUUGCCUGAGGCGCAAGCUUUUGGAGUUGUAAUGACCUGCACGUGCCCAGGAGGGGGUGGGGGCUAUCUCUUUGCUCUGCUUCUAGAUGGAGAUUUCACAUUGGCCAUUUUGAUGACUUGCACAUCAACAUUAUUGGCUCUGAUCAUGAUGCCUGUCAAUUCUUAUAUAUACAGUAAGAUAUUAGGGUUGUCAGGUACAUUCCAUAUUCCUGUUUCUAAAAUUGUGUCAACACUCCUUUUCAUACUUGUGCCAGUAUCAAUUGGAAUAGUCAUCAAGCGUAGAAUACCUGAAAAAGCAAGCUUAUUAGAGAGAAUAAUUAGACCUCUGAGUUUUAUUUUAAUGUUCGUAGGAAUUUAUUUGACUUUCACAGUGGGAUUAGUGUUCUUAAAAACAGAUAACCUAGAGGUGAUUCUGUUGGGUCUCUUAGUUCCUGCUUUGGGUUUGCUGUUUGGGUACUCCUUUGCUAAAGUUUGUAUGCUGCCUCUUCCUGUUUGUAAAACUGUUGCUAUUGAAAGUGGGAUGUUAAAUAGUUUCUUAGCUCUUGCCGUUAUUCAGCUGUCUUUUCCACAGUCCAAGGCCAAUUUAGCUUCUGUGGCUCCUUUUACAGUAGCCAUGUGUUCUGGAUGUGAAAUGUUACUGAUCAUUCUAGUUUACAAGGCUAAGAAAAAAUGUAUCUUUUUCUUACAAGAUAAAAGGAAAAGAAAUUUCCUAAUCUAACAAUUAAAGCAUUACUGAAUUCCUACUCUGGGUAGGGCACUGCGGGAGAGUAAAAGAAUAACUAUAAUGAUACCUGCUCUUAAGCCACUUAUAAUGUAAUUAAAAAUCUGACAUUGGGUAGAGAAUACAUAUAUAUAUACACACAUACACACACACACACACACAUUCGUAUAUGCUAAGUACUCAAUGAGUGGUGGAGAUGAUAGUACAGAAGUUCAGAGGAAGGAGACAACUUUGCAACUGUGUUGGUUUGAGAAUGUUUUAUAGGCUAUGAUGUCAAUAUGAUACCUUCAGUGGUCUCCUAAAUGAGACAGAGCAAUAGAAAACUUAUUUAGUGAUUAUGACAUAUCCUAAGUACUAAAAGAAGGAACACCCAUAUAGCAGACAUUUGAUAAAUUCUCACUCAGUGAAUGAAUUUGUAAAUUUCAUUAGCACAUCAAAAUAAGUAUGUUUUAAAGUAAAUGUGGCAUCUCUGCCCUCAGAGCUAAGCUUUCUCCUGUCUUCCGUGUUAACCCACCAAAGGCAUUACUGUUUACCCCACAACACAGGGUCAGCUCUUCGACCUCAUCUCUCUUCUGUCUUCUUUCUUUCUUUCUUUCUUUAUAGUGAAUGUAUUUCCUACAGAAACAGCCUAUAAUUCAAUUGCCAGUGCUCUUCUCAAUUCUCAGUGCUAUCACUUUUUUCUGCACUAUAUUGCUUCUUCCCUAAACCUUUCUAAAUUGGCUUCUGGCCUGUCUCUCCACCCUCUACUCACUGUCAGAUUAAUUUUCCUAAAAUCUAACAUUGACCAUAUAAUUUCCCAGCAAUGAAGACUUUUUGCUUUUUAAAUGAAUUUGUAUUUCUUAAUGAGUAGAGUAUUUAUUAUACUCUACUGCCUGACCUUAACCUAGCUUCCCAGUUUUAUUUAUUUAUUUAUUUAUUUAUUUUUUUGAGAAGGAGUCUCACUUUGUCACACAGUCUGGAGUGCAGUGGUGCGAUCUCGGCUCACUGCAACCUCCGCCUCCCAGGUUCAAGUGAUUCUCCUGCCUCAGCCUCACCAGUAGCUGGGAUUACAGGCGCCUGCCACCACGCCCAGCUAAUUUUUGUAUUUUUAGUAGAAAAGGGGUUUCACCAUCUUGGCCAGGUUGGUCUUGAACUCCUGACCUUGUGAUCCAUGUGCCUCAGCCUCCCAGAGUGCUAGGAUUACAGGCUUGAGCCACCACGCCCAGCCAGUUUCCCAGUUUCAUUAUAUCUCCUCUCUCACAUCAUUACACAUAGUCUUUUACCCAAACAGAAUGACUUAGUAUGUUAUGAGUAUUGUUCAUUCCAGCUAACCUAGCUUGUUUUAUGACUAUUUGUGUCCUGUUUAAAUUUUCCUAUUUUGCUGUAAGUCUUUGAGCAUAAUACCUAUGUUUAUUCAUUUUGAUAUUCCCUAUCACAUCUAACAGAGUAUCUUCUGUGUGCUUAUUCAAAUAAUGUGUUGAAGCACAGACUAGUGCCCAAAUAAAUAGUGUGCUUUUCAAAAACCUCCUUUUAAUCUUCAGUGAAAAUUUUUAUUAUCUAGGGCAAGUCUACAAUCUUGUGCAAGAAAGUGUGGGAUCGAGAAUAGGAAAUAUCACUCUAAAUAAUCCUGCUUUCCCUAUUUCCUAGCCUUACGGCAAAUUAUUUAAUCUUCUUAUAGUCCAGUUUUCUCAUUUAACAAAUGAAGCUAAUGGUGUCAACUCCAUAGAUUGUCCUAGGAAUUAAGUGAGAGUAUACAUGUAAUGUGCUUGGAAGAGUGCCUGGGACAUAGUAAGUGCUAUUGUUUUAUCAGUUUUAACUUUCAACCCUGGUAGAUCUGCUGCUAGUUUGAAAUAGCAAUCGUAUAACUAUGUAUGGAGCCUAAAACUUUCAACAUUUUCUAUCAGUACUAUUCACCAUCUUGAUCAUAGAAUUAGAGAAUUUUUGUUUACUUUGCCAGUUGAUAAGAUAACCAAGGUUGUUUUUUCUUUAAAUGCCACCAAAUCCAGUAUAU